GAGCUGGAGGCGUCCGACAGAGCUACCGACCGACGCACCGAGGGUUCGAGCCAGGUUCUCGGACCAGGAACCUGAGCAAGGUCGAAGACGCCCGGGCCGGAUAGGGAGGUGCCGGGUCGCAGGUACCCCCGGCCCGAGAUGCGGUAGAAGCAGCGCGCAAGAGAAGCCCGGUUCCCGGUGCCACCAGCCCGUCGCCCGGCCCAUGGCGAGCCCGGGCCUGGGGCUGCUUCUGGCGCUCGGCCUAGAGCUGCUGCCCGCCCGCUGGGGCCGGGCCUGGGGACAAACGUUGGACACCACUGUAAAUGACAACAGCACCGUUACACCCUCUGACCCGGACUCUGGCUCCAAUGGGGGCCUGUCUCAGGAGGCCAUCACCGCCAUCAUUGUGGUCUUCUCCCUCCUGGCUGCCCUGCUUCUGGCCGUGGGGCUGGUGCUGCUGGUUCGAAAACUUCGGGAGAAGCGGCAGACAGAGGGCACCUACCGGCCCAGCAGCGAAGAGCAGUUCUCCCACGCAGCCGAGGCCCGGGCUCCCCAGGACUCCAAGGAGACAGUGCGGGGCUGCCUGCCCAUCUAGGUCCCUUUCUCUCUCUCUCUUGCUGUGUGGCCUUGGGGGAAGGCAGAGCCCUCUCUGGGCCAUCAAACCGACCCAGUGCUUAAGAAUAGAAGGGAAGAUGGUGCUUCAAAGACUCUGCCCCUGAGGGGAAGGGAGGGUGGUGCUGCUCACAUUUUAUAUAUAUAUAUAUAUAUAUAUAUAUAUAUA